AUGCCACCACGUAGGGAACCCGAUCAUCAGGCUCCUACUCAGGCUAUGGUAGUCGCUCAGUUUCGCGAUUACCACGCUGAAAGGUUCUCAGGGCAGGAAGAUCCCCACAUCGUAGAUGAAUGGAUUCAGGGGUUGGAGUUUAUCUUUGAGGUUAUGGACUGCCCCGAUAGAUAUCGUGUAGUUUGUGCUCAGCUUCAGCUCACUGGUGAUGCUAGGCUCUGGUGGAAUGCCUACUGGAGCAUGCGUCCCGGUGAAAAAGCGGGUUGUACAUGGGACAUGCUCAAGGAGCUAGUCCGCGAAAAGUAUUACCCCUCCUACUAUCGGGGAGAGAUGGAGCGUCAGUUCUUAGCGCUUCAGCAGGGCACUCGUACAGUUGAUGAGUACGAGCGAGAGUUCACUAGACUUGCAGCUUUCGUACCAGACCUGGUUCGCACAGAGGCUCAGAGAGCGCAGCGGUUCAUUGACGGGCUUUUCCCAGCAUUCCGUCACAACAUCGUGGGACACGAGACUCAGACCUACGCUCGUGCAGUUUCUAUCGCCCAGGAGGUGGACGCUAGCAUUAGGAGGGAGGCAGUUCGUGAUCGUGCCCAGCCAUCUGCUCCAGUUCAGCCAUUCGCAGCUCCACCAGCUCUACCAGCUCCUCAGCCGGCAAAGGAGAAGAAGAGAAAGGGGAAGGGUGCACAGACUGACCGGAGGACCCGACAGAGACAGCAGCCGAUUCCACCAUGCCCGACAUGCGGACGACUUCACAGGGAAGAGUGUCGUGUGGGAGAGGACAUCUGCUAUUACUGCCACGAGCCGGGACAUUUUGCGAGUCGCUGUCCGAAGAAACUCCAGCAGCAGCCCCAGCAGCCUCAGCAGCCACCACAGCAGCAACAGCCACGUCAGCAGGCACAGAGGCCGCCUCAGCAGCAGCAGCAGAGGGGCAGACAGCAGGCCAGGGUUUAUGCGGUUGAUCAGGCCGAGGCAGCACAGCAACCAGGUACUAUGUCAGGGAUGGUUGUUCUCAAUGAUAUUCCUGUGUUUGCUUUAUUCGAUACUGGAGCGACGCAUACUUUCAUAUCACGACGAUGUCUUGAUGCCAUCGGAGUUCAUGCCGUUACCGCUGUCGAUCCUGUCGAGGUAAGUUUAGCCUCGGGACGAAAGAUAGUGACGUCAGCUAAAGCCUCAGAUCUUAGCCUUUCCAUCGGUGGCCGAGUAUUGACUGCCGACGCGUUUGUUCUCGAGAUGAGGGAUUUCGACCUUAUUCUCGGAAUGGAUUGGCUAUCCUUCUAUCAUGCAGACAUCAGGUGUCAUGACUGGGAGAUCACUCUUUAUCUUCCGGGAGAUGAAUCGAUCACUUUGUUCGGUUCCAGGAAUCGUUCACUGCCUCAUGUUGUUUCGGUGGCGAAAGCCACUAAGCUACUGCGACGAGGCAACUGCCAGGGUUAUCUGGUAAGCCAUGUCGACGAGUCUCAGAAAGCGCGAACACCUCAUGAUGUUCCAAUUGUUCGCGAGUUUGUGGACGUAUUUUCAGACGAACUUCCAGGAGGACCGCCUAACCGACAGGUGGAGUUCUCUAUCGAUCUCAUUCCAGGGGCCAGUCCAGUAUCUAAAGCCCCAUACCGUAUGGCGCCUAAGGAGUUGCAGGAGCUUAAAACUCAGAUUCAGGAGCUGUUACGACUCGGUUUCAUCCGACCGAGCGUGUCACCUUGGGGAGCACCCAUUCUCUUUGUCAAGAAGAAGGAUGGAUCCAUGCGCAUGUGUAUCGACUACCGGGAUCUCAACCGGUUAACAAUCAAGAACAAGUACCCGCUUCCCAGGAUCGACGACUUAUUUGAUCAGUUGAGGGGAGCCUGUGUGUUCUCAAAGAUUGAUUUACGAUCAGGCUACCACCAGCUGAAGAUUAAGGAGUCAGAUAUCGCUAAGACCGCUUUCAGGACUCGUUACGGCCAUUACGAGUUCAUCGUCAUGCCUUUCGGUCUCAGCAAUGCGCCAGCAGUUUUCAUGGACCUCAUGAACCGUAUCUUCCAUCCCUACCUUGAUCAGUUUGUUAUUGUCUUUAUUGACGAUAUCCUCAUCUACUCGAAGAGCCAGAAGGAGCACGAGGAGCAUCUGAGGGUGGUUCUCGAAACCCUCAGACGAGAAAAGUUGUUUGCAAAAUUCUCCAAAUGCGAGUUCUGGCUCCAGCGAGUAUCCUUUCUGGGUCAUAUGAUUACUCAGGCAGGUAUCGAGGUGGAUCCUUCUAAGGUUUCAGCUGUUCAGAAUUGGUCAGCACCGAGGAGUCCGUCCGAGGUUCGCAGUUUCCUCGGUCUAGCUGGAUACUAUCGCAGGUUCAUCGAGGGCUUUUCCAAGAUCGCCCUCCCUCUAUCCCAGCUGACUAGGAAGUUUGUGAAGUUCGAGUGGACUGACAGAUGUGAGUCGAGCUUUCAGGAGCUCAAGAGGAGAUUAACUUCAGCAUCGGUGUUGACUAUUCCCGAUCCUUCUCGGAGUUUCACUAUUUUCAGCGAUGCUUCGAGACAGGGCUUGGGAUGUGUCCUUAUGCAGGACGGCCAGGUCGUUGCGUAUGCUUCCCGUCAGCUCAAGCCGCAUGAGCAGAAUUAUCCGACGCACGACUUAGAGUUAGCAGCAGUCGUUCAUGCUCUCAAGAUUUGGCGGCACUAUCUUUACGGCGGUCAUUGUGAGAUAUUCACAGAUCAUAAGAGCUUGCAGUAUAUCUUUACUCAGAAAAAGCUCAACAUGAGACAGCGCCGUUGGUUCGUCAAGGAUUACGACUGCUCUAUUCAGUACCACCCGGGAAAGGCGAACGUCGUUGCAGAUGCCCUAAGCCGACAGGUGAGGGGUGAUUUGACGUACGUCAUUACUCAGCAGAGUCCUUUGAUUCAGGAGUUUGCCCGGAUGCAGCUUCAGGCGAUUGAUGCACUUCCCGUAGCAGUUACGGGGAGUACCAGUGCCAGUGUUAGUGCUAUGCAGCUUCAGCCGACGCUGAGAGAGAGAAUCCGACGAGAACAGGCUUCUGACGAAUUCGUUAGUGUCAUGGAGGCCAAGGUUCGCGCCGGAGGCGUCGAGGGUUUUCAGCUAGGUGCCGAUGGGGCCCUAGAGUUCAGGGGCAGGAUCGUGGUCCCGAAAGUUGAGGCGUUGUGGAAGGAGAUUUUAUCAGAGGCUCAUACCGCACCCUAUCUCGCCCAUCCCGGAAGCACGAAGAUAUAUCACGACCUGAAGGGGUCGUUCUGGUGGCGAGGCAUGAAGAAGGACGUCGCCGAGUUUGUCAAGAGAUGUUUAACCUGUCAGCAAGUUAAAGCCGAGCAUCAGAGUCCGAUUGGCCUCCUACAACCACUGCCGAUUCCGAGGUGGAAGAGGGAGAAAGUCACGAUGGACUUCGUUACGGGAUUGCCGAGGUCGUCUGAACAUCACGACGCUAUCUGGGUCGUGGUCGACAGAUUGACUAAGGUUGCGCAUUUCUUACCCGUUUCGAUGAGGAUGUCCAUGGAUAAGUUGGCUGAGAUAUAUGCCCGUGGGAUCUUCCGACUCCACGGAGUGCCCGUUACGAUUGUAUCAGACAGAGAUCCCAGAUUCGUCAGUCGAUUCUGGCACAGCUUGCAUGAGGCGAUGGGCACGAAGCUUGAGUUCAGUUCAGCCUACCAUCCGGAGACAGACGGUCAGUCAGAACGGACUAUUCAGACGCUUGAGGAUAUGCUUCGCGCUUUGGUCGUUGACAGGGGUGCUAAGUGGGAGUCGUUGUUGCCGUACGCCGAGUUCGCGUAUAACAACAGCUAUCAUUCUUCCAUUCAGAUGGCUCCUUACGAGGCACUUUACGGCCGCAAGUGUCGUUCCCCUCUCUAUUGGGACGACGUCGGAGAGCGACGAGUACUCGGUCCCCAGUUGAUCGAGGAGACAGCAGAUCAGUUCGAGUUGAUCCGGAAGAGACACAGGACAGCUCAGAGUC